AUGUCGGAAAGUGAAGAUUUUGAAUCAUUAAAAGUAAUUGAACUACAAAAUGAACUUAGAAAACGUGGUCUUGAUACAAAAGGACGCAAAGCAGAUUUAAUCAUUCGUCUACGUCAAGCAAUCAAUAAUGGUAUUCAAGCUGCUGAAACAACAACAACAGAUAAUCCAGAUAUUAGUGAUGAAGAAUCAGCUCCGACUAUAGUCAAAGAUGAAACAUCAUCUCCAUCAAGUGCUAUUGAAGACGAUGAUGAUGAUGAUGAUGAACAAGAACAACCAUUAACAGAACCAAUGUCAAGUAAUGAUCAAUUAGAAAAUUCACCUGUACAAAAAAUAGAAUCAACAUUAAGUAAAAAACGUCAUCUUACUGAUGAUGAAGAAGAUGAAGAUAAUGAAAUAGAAAAAAUAAAAGAUGAAGAUAUUGAAAACAAUAAUGAUAAUGAAAAUGAUGAAUUAGCUAAACAACGACGUAAGAAAAAAAGUCGCUGGGAAUCAGAACAAGAUGAAGAAGGAGAAGAAGCAUCAUCAUCAGAAAAACAAAUAACUACAAAACGCACCUCCGACGAUGAUGAUACUGUUGAUAAUAGUAGUACAACAAGUAGUAGUAGACAUCGAGAUCGAGAUUAUCAUCGAUCAUCAAGACAUGAUGAUGAUCGACAUUAUACUAAUCGACGUUCUGAAAGAUCAACAGAAAAAGAAAUAUUACUUCCACAAGAAGAAACUGUACAAUACAAUCCUGAGGAUGUUGUACUAGAUUUUUAUACGUCUGAUCUAAAUCUUACUAUUAAUACGAAUUGUUUAUCAGCAUCGAAUAAAUCAAAUGAUGCUUUAUGUUUUUUAUGGGCUGGCACUCGUGCAACCUAUGGAUUUAAACAAGGAAAAAUUUGUUAUGAAAUUCGAAUAAAUGAAAUAAUUGAAUGUCCACAUAUGCCAGAUAAUGAAAAAGAAAAAUUUGGUAUACGUGUUGGCUGGUCUAAUUUAUAUUCUGGUCUACAUGCACUUCAAUUAGGUGAAUUUAAUGAUUCAUUUGCUUAUACAUAUUCUGGAAAGAAAAUGGGUAAAUUAAAUAAUGAAUUAUCUGAUGAUAAAUAUGGUGAAUCAUUUGGUGUGAGAGAUAUUCUUGGAUGUUAUAUUGAUUUUGGAAAUCAUGAUGAUAAUAAUAAAAUACAUAUAUCAUUUACAAAAAAUGGUCAAGAUUAUGGUCAAGCAUUUGAAUUAGAUAAAACAAAUUUUUCAAAUAAUAAUGACGAAAAUCGACUCAUUUUUUAUCCUCAUAUUCUUGUUAAAAAUAUUCAAUUUGAAUGUAAUUUUGGACAAUUAGAAACAUCAUGGUCACAAAUUAAAAAUGAUUAUAUAUUUCCACAAAAUAUUCCUUUAAAUGAACGAAUUCGUUCUUUAGAACCAAUUCUAGAAAAAAAUGAUUGUCAUGUUAUUUUACUUUCUGGAUUAAUUGGAUCAGGAAAAACUACAUGGGCAAAUAAAUAUAUUGAAGAUAAUCCAACAAAAAAUUUCAAUUUAAUCAAUGCCGAAUAUGUUCUUGGUAAAAUGGCGAUUGAUGGUAAAUUACCAACAAUUAAAAAUCGUAAUGAUGGUUUGAUGCUACGUGUAAAUAUUUGUUUGCAAAAAUUAAUUGAAAUAGCUGCACAACGUCGACGAAAUUAUAUUAUUGAUCAUGUGAAUAUAAGCCGAGAAACUCAAUCAAAACGUCAACGAUUAUUUACUGGUUAUCAUCGUAUAGGUGUUGUUAUUGUGCCUGAUGAUGAUGAAUUAAAAACACGUAUUGAAAAAGUUGAAAAAGCAGAAAAUAUUUCAAUAUCUUCACAAUGGAUUCGAGAAGCGAAAGCUAAAUUUCAUUUCUUACAAAAGGGUUCUUCAUUAGAAGAGGUUAUUUAUCCUGAAUUAUCUUAUGAAGAAGCCAAAUCUUUAUAUGAUAAAGUUCAUCGAGAUUAUGAUCAACAUCGUUCGUCUUCAUCACGUUAUGAUCGACAUGAUGAUUAUCGUUCAUCACGUAAUGAUCGAAAUCGUUAUGAUGAUCGAGAUCGUGGUAGUCAUGAUCGUGAUCGAUAUGAUCGAUCUCGUUCACGUGACCGUGGAAGUCGAGAUCGAGAUCGUGACCGUGAUCGACGAACUUCUCGUGAAGAUUCACGUUAUUCAUCAUCACGUCGUAAUGAUAAUUAUAGGGGUAGUGGUCAUAACAAUAACUAUCGUGGAAGUGGUUAUUCGCGUGGUGGUUAUUCUGAUUAUCGACAGGAUUCAAGAAACAAUAACUAUAAUGAACGUGGUGGUUCUCAUGAAGGAGGUUAUCAUGGACGAGGAGGUAAUAAUUAUAAUAAUAAUCAAUCGAAUGAUGGAUGGCGCGGUGGACGUCACCAACAACAAACAAAUGAUUUCGGAGGACGUAGUGGUGGACGUGGUCGCGGAGAUUUUCGAGGUGGAAAUCAGUUUAGUAAUCGAGGAUCAUAUCAUGAUAAUCAACGCAGUGGUAAUGGUGGUGGAUUUCGAUCAGAUUUUAAUAAUCAACAACGUGGUCGACAAUUUAAUGAAUACGAUAAUAAUCUUCAACAUCAAGGUAAUAGUAGUGGAUUUAUGCAAAAUAAUAAUAAUUUCAAUCAACAACAUGAUCGACAAGGAUUUGGAUCUCGACCACCGAUGCAACAACAACAACAAAAUCCAUUUCAAAAUCAACCACAACGUUCACAACCGCUUCUUCAAAAUCCACCAUCUAAUCAGCAGCAACAAUUUCCAUCACAAAUUCCUCAACAAACAGCAACAAACAAUCCAAAUUUAACUUUACAACCUCAAAAUCCCUUAAGUAUUAAUGCUACCGGUGCAACACAACCGAGUUCACUUGAUUCAUGGUUUGCAUUAUAUGCCGCUGCACUUAAUCCACAAGUCGUUCAACAACAACAACAACAACAACAAAUUCAAUCACAACAAGAUACCAAUUCAAUAACUCAACAAUGGACACAAUGGUUAAAAACAGCACAAAUGGGUCAGGCAGUACAACAGCCUCAACCUCAAUUAAUCCCUCAACAAUCUGAUACUCAACAACAACAAAAUCAAUUGCCUGAUGCAACUGCUUUGUAUUAUCAAGCAUACUAUGCUCAAUUAGCAGCUGCUCAACAACAAGCAGCAGCUGCAGCGAGUUCAACAAAUAGUGCUAUAGCACCACCUGGUAGUAGCGAUAAACCACUUUCUUGA